AUGAAGCCCCGCGCCGCGAUGCUCAUUCCCAGGUCUGCUCCCUCGCGCCGUGAAGCAGUCCCGCGCCGCGACAGGCCCCCUCUCCGCGCCGCGGCGCAUGCCACCUUCGCACCUCGAGAGCCUUCCGCGCUCGAACAACAGUCGCCACCUCCGGGAGCUCGACGGUCGCCCGUCCAUGGCCUCACCACCGCCCGCCGCAGCUCUUAUCGGUGUCUGUCGUCGCCGUAUUGCAGUUUAUUCUCCACUCACGACGGAAACACCAUCCACCGAUAUCUAGAAUCGUUUUCCGACGAAGAACCCGCGGCGACGAUGUCCCGAUCAAAAUCGACCAUUGAUACACAAUUCGAAAUCUCCGUGAAGCAGCUCGACAUUGGACAUACUGGACAAUGA